UGGCUAUUUCUGGGUUCUUUCACCUCCCUUUCCAGGAACCUCGGUGAAUCACAUCAUAUAGUAUCUGUGUCUAUCUAAACUGCCUAACUAGUUAGACUUCAGAAACUACAAAAUACAGAUCGAUCGACUAGUGAUAGGCUGCUAGCUUGCUAGUUGUGAUAAUAUCGUCGCUAUGGGAAACUGUUUUGGAGCUCGUGUGAAACAUUAUAACAGCCAACCAGUCAGUAAGCAGCCUAGCCCAGCUGAAACAACGAUUGACAUGAAAGGCAUCAAACAAGGUGGAUUAGCAGCUGGGAGAAAAAUAAAGAUGGACGACUCCAACAAAGAGAGCAGUGGAACAGUGAGAGCCAUACAUGUUAGUGAGGAUCAUAAGAAAAACUCAGAAACGGAAACUCAUAAGCUUCCCUGUCCGGAUCCGAGCACUAUUGGUAAGAUUGUGAAGCCUAACUUGAAAGAAUUCACGUUUGCGGCGUUGAAGAAGGCAACCCGAGACUUCAAACCGGAUACGAUUCUCGGGGAGGGAGGUUUUGGGAGGGUUUUCAAGGGGUGGGUGGACGAGAACACCUACGCGCCGUCUAGGGCAGGCAUCGGCAUGGCCGUCGCCGUCAAGAAGUCAAACGCCGAUAGCUAUCAGGGCCAGCAAGAAUGGGAGGCGGAGGUGAAUUUCUUGGGGAAGUAUUUGCAUCCAAACCUUGUAAAAUUGCUGGGAUAUUGCUGCGAGGAGGAUCAGUUUCUUCUUGUGUAUGAGUACAUGCAGAAAGGAAGCUUGGAAAACCAUCUCUUCAGAAAAGGUCAAGAACGACCACUUUCAUGGGAUCUAAGGCUUAAAAUAGCCAUCGGAGCUGCGCGAGGUCUUGCAUUCUUGCACACUUCCGAAAAAGUGAUCUACCGCGACUUCAAGGCCUCCAAUAUAUUGUUGGAUCCGGACUACAAUGCAAAACUUUCAGAUUUCGGAUUGGCAAAACUUGGACCAUCAAAUGGAAACUCGCAUGUAACAACUCGUAUAAUUGGUACUUACGGUUAUGCAGCUCCGGAAUAUGUCGCAACUGGGCAUCUGUACGUAAAGAGCGAUGUGUACGGUUUCGGCGUGGUGUUACUGGAGAUGUUGACCGGACGACGCGCCCUCGACACUAACAGACCAGCCGGCGAGCACAAUUUGGUGGACUGGGCGAGGCCUUCUCUUCUUAAGAAAAAAGAGCUGAAGAGGAUGAUGGAUCCAAAGCUUGGAGAUCAGUAUUCUUUAAAAGGUGCAUUUCAAGCAGCUGAACUUAUUAACAAGUGCCUAGAAUCUGAUCCAAAAGAUAGACCCUCCAUGGAAGAAGUUUUGGUAGUUCUAGAGAGGGUCAAUGCCAUUAAGGAGAAACCUAAAGGUACAAAACCUAAUGACAGAAGAAAAGUAGAAACUUCAGCACGCCAACAAUAUAAUAACUAUCACAAUAAGUCUCCAAUUCACCAAAAGAAUGUUGGCAGUGGAGUACCUUAUCAAGCUCGGGCACACUAGUAAUUCAAUCUUUACGGCACAGCGUCAGAAUUAGCCAUUCUAUUUCUGGGUAGUGGUCAAUGUUCAUCGAUCUGGAGGUGGUGGAUCAUCAGUUAAUAACACCUUUGCGGUGAUGAUAGAUUAAAAUUUGGUUUUUAGAACAGUA